CAGGCAGGGUGUGCAGGAACAAAUGUAUAAGUGACCUAGACUUUUCGUUCAAGCAGUCUCCAUGAACAACUUGAAUGACCCCCCCAGAUGGAACAUCCAACCAGACCCCAGAGGAAGGGGGGCGGGGGGCGGUGAUGGCAACCAAUGGAACUACGCCCUGCUGGUCCCAAUGCUGGGACUGGCUGCGUUUCGUUGGAUCUGGACCAGGGAGUCUCAAAGGGAGAUCCAGACAGUCAAAGACCAGUAUGACAAGGACGUGUCCACAAUAAAAAGCGAGAUGGAGGCACGAUACCGGGACACACUGACAGAGAGGAGCAGGGCAGUGGCUACACUAGAGCUGGAGCUAGAGAAGGAGAGACAGAGGGUCAAAGGUUACAAGCAGGCCCUGAUCUCCCAGAGCCAGCAGCUAAUGGAAGAACGGAAACAGUUAAAUCAGGAGCGCGAGUCCUUGGAGGAAGAGAGGCAAAGGCAGGUAAAGUCUGGCGCUGCAGGGGCUGUGCUGCAUCACGCCCUGGAACGAGAGAACAACUGGCACCGGCGAGCCACCGCGACUCUAAAGGAACUAGAGGGUCAGCUUGUGGAGCGCCAGAAUGCCUACUGUUCACUCAUCCAACCUCGAGAUCAGCGGCUGGAGAUGGAGAAGAACAUGCUGCUUAAGGUCGUCAAAGACCCCAUCGGAGCGGAACUGGAGCUAGAGUCGGACCUGAAGGAUAUUUUUAAGAGAGAUAAGCACUGUGCGGACCUGCUAAACAUGGACAAGAGGAAGAAUGGAAGCCUGAUGUGGGUGUACCUCAAGUACUGGCAGCUGCAGGUCAUUGUCCAGAAACACAAGAGAGCUGAAGAAGCUGUAUUUGGAGGAAAAUUCCAGUCUCAAACGAAGUGACAAACCUUGUGUUUUUCAUUUGACUUUACAUUUUUUUUAAAGUAUGUCGAUCAGAAAUAGAAAAUGCAUGUAUUUUUUGUGUAAUUAUCUUAACGUAAUUGGGAUGUUAUGGAAACACACGAGAGGUAACCCCAAUAAGAUAAUGUCCAACAUCUGAAAGUUCCUCCCUUCAUCUUAGUCUUUAAAGAAACAGGGAUAUCAAGUCAGGUUUUGAGCAUGCAGAAAUAUUAAGUUUACUUCAAAAGCCCCAGUUAAAGCUGGGGUUGGUAAUCUUGAGAUAUUGGCAAGAGAACGCUAGAUGAAAAAAAUUAUCCAACUGAAAAACAGUGUUUCCAAUUUUUUUUCAAAUAAGAGUUGCUAGCAGCACUAGCUCCAAAAGUUGCUAAAUUUAGCAAGAAAGUCACCAAGUCUGCAAUAGUGACUCCCAUCAAAGCCACUUACCCAGAAAUAUCAUUAUGAACAUAAACAAUGAACACGGCUAUGGUUAGUGCUUAAAAUUGUAAAGCUUGCAGCUUGUGGAAGACUUUGGUGUCAAGUAAUCAGAAGCAAUCAAAUGAGCAGAUUUUUCUUUUCUUUUUUUAUAACAUUUGAUUAAUUGAUAGCUGUCAGGAUGUAACGUGAAUUUCAACAAAAAUAUCAAACAUUAUUACCAACCCUGCCUUUAAGACUCAUUAGCUUUAAAUUAACUGUAUGAAAAUGUGUAAUGAUGAAAAUGCACAAAGAUCAUUCAGGAGAUAUCCAUAUUGGAUGCACAGCAGAUGUUAAAUACAUAGACAUGUUUUUAUCCAUCAAGCCCCUUGGAAACUCAUUGUUAUACCAUGUCUAUCUAACUCACAUUCUGAGUGCCAAUCAUUAUUAUUAUUAUUAUGAAUUACUGCUAUGUGCAUAUUUUGUUGGUCUGGAAAAUGUGUGUUCCUCAACAAUCGGGUAUGAAUUUAAAGUUCCCAUUAACUGUUCCCAAAGUGAUAUGAUAUUACACAUCCCUUUGUUGCUGCAAGUUUCUUCAGCAAGGAAAUACAUCACAAUUGAAACAACUGUGUUGAAUUACAAAAACAGCCAGGAAUCAUUAACAAGAAUAUCUUUUCUAAAAUGAUUUUGGUGAAAAAAAAAGUAUUUCUCUGUAUUGUGUCUACACCAUGCAUUUAUAAAUUGAUGGACUAUUGGAGGUAUUUGACUUGAUAUCCGUAGGACUUACAGGUUUCCUUCCAUGUAUUACAUCUCUCUUUUCAAUCUGAAGUCUGUUACCAUUUAUGAUACUUGAUUCAAAGCCAAUAGAAUAGUGUGUCAGUCUAUGAUCAGUUGUCUUUAAUUUGUAGGUUUUGCAGGUUUGUGGGAGCUUUCUAACUAUCAGGGAGACUGGACAUUGAAGGUGCAUGUGAAGCUAAAUAGGGGAAUAGAGCACAAAGGAGUGCUCAAUACUGCAAAACUUUACCACAAUGCUGCUCUGAAAAAUCUUCAAAUAUCACCCUUCUGCUUCACACUUCACCACUGUAUUGAAAGGAUAAACUAAAGCUGUAGCAUUUAUUUACAGCUACCAAGCUUCUCUAUGCUGUUGUGUUUUUUAUUUGCACCAUAACUUGGUGUUUAAGUGCUGGAUAUGAUGCCAUGAAUUCAAAUGUACUGACUCUAAUCACUCUGUAAAUCAUCCUAAUAAAUUCCUUGUUUA